GGCUCCCAUAGGCUAGGCGAUUUUGGCGGGUGAUAUCUGCGCCACCUUACUACCUCUCGUGCAACGACCGACCAACGCAAUCGUCGCCGAUCCUCAGGUUUGGAAAGUAGAAAAUUGAUUUGAAAUCUAACAGCAUCAUGCCUGAUGAAGUUUCCCCAUCAAAACGUGGCCGCAAAGCCGCAGCCACUGCCGAAAAAGCCGAGAAACCAGAGCCAAAGAAGCGCGGAAAGGACUCCAAGGCCGACGCUGAGGAUGGCGCCAGUCCCGUGAAGAGGGGACGUGGCCGUCCAAAAGGCACCACCAAGAAGAAGGCUGCCCCCAAGGCCACCGGCAAACCCCGCGGUCGCAAACCGAAAAAGACUGAAGACAGCGAGGAAAAUGACACUGAAGAGAACGAUGAUGACGAAUAAGUCUACUUUGUAUUUUGAAUAAUGUAUUUGUAUUAGUGUUCUUUUAACUGUAGUUUAGGUUAUGAUACAUUGUUCUAGAAAAUAAUUUUAUUUUUUAAUUUUGUACUGUAUAUAUAUACAUAUAAAAAAUCCUAAAUUUUCUUGUAAGUUUUGCAGAUUAAAGAAUCUCUUUACUUUAUGGAAGGAAGCUGAACAAUUUGAAUAUUAUUUGAAUAUUUGAUAUCUACAGUUAUAAAUGAUCAGCUUUCUUUUGUAAAACUUUAAUAGAACAAAGUUUGGUACAAUAAAUUCUAUAUAAUAAUGA